AUGGCGAAGGCGACGACCGUGAUCGCCCUCGCGUGCGCCGCGCUCGCGUCGAGCGCGUCGAGCGCGGACGCGCUCAAGCUCGCGGAGACGUUCGACGACGGCGCGCUCGGGGGAUGGACGCACACGGGGGCGGAGAAAUACGGCGGGAAGGCGAUCGCGAAGAAGGCGAAGGACACGGAUGACUACGGGUUGUACUUUCCGAAGGAGGCGCAGCACUACGGCGUGUCCAAGGCUGCGUCGUCCACGAUCGAUCCCGCGAACGGUUUCGCGGUUCAGUUCGAAGCGAGGCAAGAGGAAGGCCUGGAGUGCGGUGGGGCGUACCUGAAGUACCUCGAGGCGGACACGUUCGACGCGGAGAAGUUUGACGGCGAGACGCCGUACGUGCUCAUGUUCGGCCCGGAUAAGUGCGGGUCCACGAACAAGGUGCACGUCAUCUUCAAGCAUAAGUCGCCGAGCGGUGAGAUUGAAGAGAAGCACCUGAAGAAUCCGCCGCGCAUGCCGACGGAUGAGAAGGUGCACCUCUACUCCCUCUCUGUCAAGGCGGAUAACACGUAUGAGGUCAGCAUCGACGGUAAGUCGGAGCGCACGGGGUCUUUGUUCGAGGAUUUCGAACCGCCGUUCAACCCGCCGACGGAGAUCGAUGAUCCGGACGAUACGAAGCCGGAAGACUGGGUCGACGAAGCCAAGAUCGCGGAUCCAAAGGCGAAGAAGCCGGAAGACUGGGACGAAGACGCCCCGGCGACAAUUCCGGAUGAAACCGCCGUCAAGCCGGAAGACUGGCUCGAUGACGAACCAAAGGAAGUCGAGGACGACGAGGCCGUCAUCCCGGAAGACUGGGACGUCGACGAAGACGGCGACUGGGAAGCCCCGAUGAUCCCCAACCCGAAGUGCGCCGAGGUCUCUGGCUGCGGCGAGUGGGAACGCCCGACUAUCCCGAACCCUGAGUACAAGGGCAAGUGGUACGCGCCGAUGAUCGACAACCCGGCGUACAAGGGCGAGUGGAAGCCGAAGCAAAUCCCGAACCCGAAGUACUACAAGGAUGAAACGCCGCUCGCCAACAUUGGCAAGAUUGGUGGCGUUGGUGUCGAAAUUUGGACCAUGUCUAAGGGCUUGGUUCUCGACAACAUUGUUGCCGACGAAGACAUCGAAGCCGUCACCGCUUUCGGCAAGGACGCCUUCGAAGCUAAGUCCGCGAGCGUUUCAGCCGCCGUCGAAGCUCGGGAAGAAGAAAAGCGCAAAGAAGAGGAGGCUGGGUCGAAGUCUCCGAUCGGUCUCGACUUCUUCGCCGGCCUCGCGAACAAGAUUCCGGGUAAGCCUGGUGAGUUGGCGCAAUCCUUCAUGGACAGGUGCGCGGACAACGCCGUCAUCUACUACCUCGUCUUCUUCGCUAUUCCGCUCAUCCUGAUCGCGCUCACCAUCGGUGCGAAUUUCAUGCGCGCGUCGCCGGAAGAAAAGAAGAAGAAGGCCACGCAAGCCAAGGCGGCGGCAAAGAAGAAGGAUGACGACAUCCAAGAGGACGACGAUAACGAGGGCGACGAAAACGAACCUCCGGUCGAAGAAGAAGCCGAGAAGACGCCAAGCAAGCGUCGCACCAAGCGCUUGUCGUAA